CAUUAUUUCAGGCAGGGCUAUAAUAUGGAUUUAGAGCUCAAGGAGUUUUCUAACAAGACACCUGCCACGGAGAACAAUACUGCUACUACCCGGAAUUCUGACUUCCCAGUCUGGGAUGACUAUAAAAGCAGCGUGGAUGAUCUGCAGUAUUUUCUGAUUGGGCUCUAUACAUUUGUAAGUCUCCUUGGCUUUCUGGGGAACCUACUUAUCUUAAUGGCGCUCAUGAAAAAGCGUCAUCGGAAGACGACAGUAAACUUCCUCAUAGGAAACCUGGCCUUCUCGGACAUCCUGGUCGUGCUGUUUUGUUCCCCUUUCACGCUGACUUCCGUCUUGCUGGAUCAGUGGAUGUUUGGGAAAGUCAUGUGCCACAUCAUGCCUUUCCUUCAGUGUGUCUCGGUUCUGGUGUCCACUUUAAUUUUAAUAUCGAUUGCCAUUGUCAGGUAUCAUAUGAUAAAACAUCCCAUCUCCAAUAAUUUAACGGCCAACCAUGGCUACUUCCUGAUAGCCACUGUCUGGACACUAGGUUUUGCUAUCUGUUCUCCCCUGCCAGUGUUCCACAGUCUCGUGGAACUCCAGGAAACAUUCGGCUCCACGUUGCUCAGCAGCAGGCAUUUGUGCAUUGAGGCGUGGCCAUCGGAUUCCUACCGAAUUGCUUUUACCAUCUCUCUGCUGCUGGUUCAGUACAUUCUGCCUCUAGUCUGUCUCACUGUCAGUCAUACCAGCGUGUGCAGGAGUAUCAGCUGUGGAUUGUCCAACAAAGAAAACAGGCUAGAAGAAAACCAGAUGAUCAACUUGACUCUUCAGCCAUCCCGGAAGAGUGGCGGGCCCGACGUGAAACACUCCAGGAGCCAUACAUGGAGCUAUUCAUUCAUUAGAAAACAUAGAAGGAGAUACAGCAAGAAGACAGCGUGUGUGUUGCCUGCUCCAGCCAGGCCUCCGCAGGAGAAGCAUUUGAGGACGCUGCCUGAAAACUUGAGCUCUGUGAGGACUCAGCCCUCCUCAUCCAGUAAGUUCAUACCAGGGGUCCCAACGUGCUUUGAGGUGAAAGCUGAGGAAGAUGCCAACGCUCAUGAGAUGAGAGUAAAACGCUCCAUCAUGAGAAUCAAGAAGAGGUCUCGCAGCGUUUUCUACAGACUGACCGUGUUGAUCCUGGUGUUUGCGGUGAGCUGGAUGCCGCUGCACCUGUUCCAUGUGGUCACUGACUUUAACGACAACCUCAUCUCCAACAGACACUUCAAGCUGGUGUACUGCAUCUGCCACCUGUUAGGGAUGCUGUCCUGUUGUCUCAAUCCGAUUCUGUAUGGCUUUCUUAAUAAUGGGAUCAAAGCUGACUUAAUGUCCCUCAUACACUGUCUUCAUAUGUCAUAA